GCAUGCUUAGUUGCGAUUUUCCCUUUCCAUUUCUUCACUCACUCACCGCUCACUUGUCUCUCUUUUAUCUGCGGUACACUAUCGUGUGAUACGGUACGACAUUCAGAUUUCUUGUACGCUGGUUUUCCUGCGAUUAUUUUAGCUAAUGAUUUACAACCAUGGUUAUUGAUACUUGCUCUGUAUGUAUUGUUUCAGUUAGGGUAGAGGAAACGCUAGCAAAAUAAAUUUUUGUGUAAUUUCUAGCAUACAUUCGUUCGGUUUUCGUUUCUUUUUUCUUUGGUUGUUGCCUCUGCUAUAUGAUUUAAUACUGUUUUUUUUUAAUUCAACUUAGGCUUUGAGUUAUUCCCAGCGCCAGUUGCAGAGAGCUGAAUAGUGAAACAUCACAGAUGGUCCAUAUGCCAGCAUCUCUAGGUGGGGUUUAUAAACUUGUAUCCUCCUCCCGGAUUGAAAGGCUACUUUCCCUUUUACAUUCCAAACAAACUCUGCCACCGUGGCUUAAGACUGUCCGCCAUUUUAGCUUCGCCGAUGAUCGCAGUGGCAGCAUCAAACAACCCGUUGCAGAAUCUGAUGACUUUUUUCUUAAACAGUCAGACUCAAAUUUUAAUGACAAUAAUAUCAACAGAAUUGAGGAGGCAAACAAUGUUGAACAGUGUUUGUCAGAACGAUUUCCAAGUAGGCCUUUGAGUGGUAGGAGGCCAAUUAAUCAGCCUCUUCCACAGUUCCGGGAAUACAAUAGAGGCUCAUAUUCUUUUCCUCCAAGAUUUGAUGACAACCGAGGCAUACCUGAUGAAAUGAACGAAACAAAUAAACAUUCCCAAAUUGAUCCUGCAUUUCAAGGUGGAAAUAUGACAGAAACGAAUAGGGGUGCCAGUCAAUCAGGUGAUAGUUUCCUUGAUAAAUUCAAGCUUGGUUUUGAUAAUAAAACAGUGAAUCCCACAGAGGUUGCAGCAAGUAAUCAAUCUGAAGAAGCAAAAGGAUCAAAUCCCAAUCAAUCAACUCGAGAGUCUAUGCCAAAGGAUGCCGAUGAGAUCUUCAAGAAGAUGAAGGAAACUGGUCUUAUCCCCAAUGCUGUGGCUAUGCUUGAUGGUCUAUGUAAAGAUGGUUUGGUUCAAGAAGCCUUGAAACUUUUUGGUUUGAUGCGGGAGAAGGGAACCAUCCCAGAAAUUGUCAUAUACACAGCUGUAGUGGAGGGAUACUUGAAGGCCCACAAGGCUGAUGACGCCAUUAGGAUUUUCAGGAAAAUGCAGAGUAAUGGCAUUUCUCCCAAUGCUUUCAGUUACACGGUCCUUAUACAAGGACUCUACAGGUGUAGCAGAUUACCGGAUGCUUUUGAAUUUUGUGUGGAGAUGUUAGAAGCAGGUCAUUCUCCAAACGUAACAACUUUCGUAGGCCUAGUGGAUGAUUUCUGCAAGGAAAAAGGGGUCGAAGAAGCUAAGGGUGCUAUCAGAACAUUAAUAGAAAAGGGUUUUGCUGUUAACGAGAAAGCAGUUAGGGAGUUUUUGGACAAGAAAUCCCCUUUUUCACCCUCUGUUUGGGAGGCCAUCUUUGGGAAGAAAGCCCCACAGAGACCAUUUUAAAUAUCUUUUGGACAAUGUAAACGUUUAUCUAGAUUAUCUAACUGAUUUGCCAGACUAUUUUCUGUCUUUAUGUAAUUGUUAAUUUGGUUGCACAUAUUGAAAUUUGUUACCAAAGGUUCAAC